AUGGAGGGCAAGGGGCAACACAUGAAUUUUAACUUACCUCCUGGUUUUCGUUUCCAUCCGACAGACCAAGAGCUCAUCAAUUGCUACCUGACCCAAAAGCUCACCGCUUCAUUGCCUUCAGAUUGGAAUGUCAUAACUGAUAUUGAUUUAUACAAAUUCAAUCCCUGGGAACUUCCUGACAAGGCUUUCUUUGGUGAGGGAGAAUGGUUCUUCUUCAGUCCACGAGAAAGGAAGUAUCCUAAUGGCGUUCGUCCAAACAGGGCAGCCGGGGUAGGUUAUUGGAAGGCAACUGGUACAGAUAAGCCUAUUAUUAGCGCAGGUAGCUCCCGAUGCAUUGGCGUCAAAAAAGCUCUCGUCUUUUAUAAGGGCCGGCCACCAAAGGGAAUUAAAACUGAAUGGGUUAUGCAUGAGUACCGUCUCUUGGAUUUAAUGGUUGCUCCUCCUCAAUCUCAGAAGCACAAGGGCUCCAUGAGAUUGGACGAUUGGGUUCUCUGCAGAGUAAGACAGAGAGGCAACUCCCCGGCUGCAAGUGAUGAAGUGGGUGAGACCUUCAGCCCAAAAGAGACUUCUUUCACUGUCAGUACUAAGGGUGAAGAGAAGCAGGAGGAGGUGAUAAAAACAACCAGCUUUACCGAUUGGAACGAAAACCAGCUUCUUGGCUAUCCUUUUGAGUCUUAUGAGGAAAGUGAGACUAUAGAGGAAGUCUUGGACCCUGCUUCAAUCAUGAGAAACUCACAAUUUGGUGGCAACUGUGACUUUUUAGAAGCACAACAAGGUUCUUCUCCGUCGAUUCAGUCGGUGUUUGCUUCAAUGAAGAGGAAGCAUUCUUUUGAUGUGAUUGAUGAGCUGAUGCUGCUGCAGUCUGGGAAGAGAUUGCAGUGUUCAGUAGAUGGGCAGUUGUCGCCGGCUGAUUCAGUUUGGAUCAAUCAGUGUUUCCCGGAGUUCUUCAUAUGAUGACACAGAAGAAGUAUUGAGAAUUCAAGUUGGGCUCGGUUUUCAAACAGCAGCAAGUCGGCAAGGCAAAUAGUUUACUGUUUGCUUUAGAGAUCAUGCGUUGUAGAUGAACAUUUAUGUAUAAUGUGUAAUAAAAUUUUAUCUGUUGUAAAUAAUUGUAAUUUGCGUUAUCCACAAUAGGUUUGUAGUCG